AUGGCCGGAGGGUGGCUGGAGACGGUCGGGCGGACGAGGAGAAGCACCUCCGGGGUCGGGGCGGCGAGCACCGGCCGGCUCCAGGCCGGAGGACGGCGCGGCGAGGUUCGGCGAUGGCGCGCCGGCGGGGCAGAACACGGCGGCGGCGGCGGCCGGCCGGUGAGAGGGCGCCGGUCGCCGGCGAACGUGGUCGGGGCGGAGGCGGAGGAUGGCGCGGGGCAGGCGGGCGGCGACGGCGUGGAAGCCGAGGACGGGGCGGCAUGGUUCCAGGCGCGGGAGGUGGCGAAGGUCGCCGGGGAGGCGCUGGCGGGAGGAACGGCGGCGGCGCACGGCGGGCGCACGGCGGGUGGACGGCGGGCGGACGACGCCGGGAGCGGGCGCAGUCGGGCCGAGGGGCGGCGGCGCGGGAUCGGGCCCCGCGUGCCGGCUGCGGGCCGCGCGGUUAUGAGAGAUGAUGCUGGAGCCAAACUGGAAGGGUUGCAAUCAAAUAUAAUUGGCAGCAUAGCAGUGAUCUCCGAAUAUCUAAGCUAG